CCUGUGCUUCCGUUUUCACACAGUAAGCGGUUUUCAUGGUGGUUUGUUUCAGCUUUCUUGUACAACUCGACUUGUCUAUGAUCAACCACAUACGCGUGCCCCCUAGAAUUUUGGAAAGCAGUACUUACUUCAUGUCGUCUUCUGUCACCAUGCAGCCGACUAUUUUGGUCACCGGUGCGUCCGGGCGCAUCGGGAAGGAAAUUCUAGUCCAACUUCUGGAGCACUACACGAAAGUCUCCUCCGCGGCGACCAUUGUCGGCGUGGUCCGCAACGAACAGAGGGCACAGGAGGUCAAAAGCUAUUUGCAGCAGCGGGUCCCGGCAAUGUUUAGUUCUGGCGGGGAAAAUAAAAGCACGAAAAGUGGGAAACAAGUUCAGUUCGAAAUCGACUUCUGCGACGUGAGUUUGCAGUCCGACGUUUUAACCCUUGCGAAAAAGUGGCAGGACCGCCCUCUGCACGUUCUGAUCAACAACGCAGCGGUGACGCCUGAGGAGCAAAAAUUCACGAAAGAGAACAUCGACCUGCAGUUUGCCACAAAUGUCCUUGGCUACCACUGGAUGAUCAAGGCCUUUGAGCCGAACCUGCUCCUCGGCAGUAGUACCGCGAGCGGUAGUUCCAGCGGAGAAGCUGUUGAAAGUCGCAUUGUCAACGUGGCGAGUUUAUCAAAUGCAAAAAUGUCUGGGUCUGGAAGAUUCCUACAUUUGUCAUGCGUGUCUGACAUGACUCAAGAAUCUGUGAUGCAUGGGCACGAAGCGGUCCUCUUUUCUCUCAUGCAAACACGCAGUUUGCCAUGCGGAACACGUAACACAUAGGAGCCCAAAACAUUUGUCAUGCUUGGCUCCGUAUUGCAGUGGAACUCUCGUUCACUGUUAGCAUCACAAGUUUCCAGACCCAGACAUUUUUACAUUUGAUAGAGUUUCUACGCGGGGGAACUGGAUGUGUCCGACCCGGAAUUCCGCAAACGGGAGUACGACGUUGACAGCAGCUACCGAGCGUCGAAACAGGCGAACCGAAUGCAAUCGCGCGGCUUUGCGGAUUUAUUCGCAAACGAGGGCAAAAAAAUCAUCUGCAACGCGGUUCACCCGGGGAUUGCGACCAGCAAAGUCAGCCUGGGGCUCGGGUUCGACCUGGACCGGAGUCAGGCGGCGGCGGAAGACUGUGCGCGGGGCCCGGUGCGUUUGGCGGUUGACAGUGGGGAGAAGAGAAGCGGAAAAUACUUUGAGGGCGACAGUAAGAAGCCGUCAAGAUGUAAGUGGCAAGAAGACAGUCAGAAAGUGGGGGAAUUACUAGACCUGUGUGAAUCGUAUUGUUCGGGUUUUUCUACUACUGUAUCAUCACGACGACCUGGGGGCGCCCUCGCCAAUGUAGCUGCGACGUCAGCUCGAGGGUCGUCGGUGUCCACUCCAACGAGAGGUGAAGUGGUAGGUAAAGUCAACAAGGCUGCCAACGUGUGUGGGAAAGAUGAAGCAGCAGGCCGCCGAGCAAGGUCUCGUUCCAGAU